CGUGGGACAGUGCGUUUGCGUCAUGCCGAAUUUGUUGUCAAGUUUUUGUGUUUUUAAUGUCUGUAGUUCUAUUUUUACAUAUUUUUGCUUUACAAGUUUGGCAUAUUGGGCAGUAACUGUGACUUCUUAUCAUGAUGCCGGGGGAGAAUCAUUCUAAAAUCGCAAGAAUCGCAUCGGAAGCAACUACUGGAGCCUGUCAAAACUGCACUGUGCUUCACCAGAACCUAAACGAAUAUGUGGCAGCUCUCCUGGCUUUGAAACAGAAAAGUAUUGACUCAGAGGAGACCAGUAAGCUGCAUAUACAACUUGAUGAUCUGCAGUUGAAAGUAGCUUCUCUGGAAAAGCAGCAUGCAGAGUACGAAGUCAUGCGGGCAGAGCUGGAGGCGAAGCAGAGCUCUGAGAAGUUGUCCCAGCAGCUUUCCGAGGAGGUGGAGAGGCUGAAGGAGCAGAACAACACCGAGACUUUAAAGAAGAGACUUGAGGACCAGCUAAAAACAGUAGCAGCGACAACAGAGAAGCAGAGCCUGGAUAAUGUCCAGCUGAGGCAGGAGAAGACGGCACUGGAGAAAGACCUGCUGAAAACACAGAUGUCGUUGAAGGCAUAUCAGAAGGUAGCAGAGGAAGUGCAGCAGUUAAAGGAGGACAACGCCAGGACGUCCGUUCUAAAACACAACCUGGAAAAACAACUUGGACUGUUUCAAGAUUCUAAACUCAAGCAAGAGCAUGACAUUACCAGGCUGAAAACAGAGAAGAUUCUACUGGAGAAUAACCUUGUACAUCUUCAGGAACGACUAGAGAAACUGGAGACUGAGAAGAAUAAAGUAUUAAAGAGUACAUCAACUCAAGCAACGGCACCUGAAGAAACGAAGGUUGAUAAAGAGAAGGUCCGGAGGCUGCUGGAGGAUCUGUGGGUGUGUGUAGAUCCUCCCUCAUCACACCUCCCUGGCCGUGGACCCAGCAGGAUCAGUGACCAGCCAGACCAUGGACCCAGCAGGAUCAAUGACCCGGGCCAUGGACCCAGCAGGAUCAAUGACCCGGGCCAUGGACCCAGCAGGAUCGGUGACCAGCCAGUUCAUGGACCCAGCAGGAUCGGUGACCAGCCAGUCCAUGGACUCCGCAGGAUCAGUGACCAGCCAGACCAUGGACCCAGCAGGAACAGUGACCAGCCAGUCCAUGGACUCCGCAGGAUCAGUGACCAGCCAGACCAUGGACCCAGCAGGAACAGUGACCAGCCAGACCAUGGACCCAGCAGGAUCGGUGACCAGCCAGUCCAUGGACCCAGCAGGAUCAGUGACCAGCCAGACCAUGGACCCAGCAGGAUCAGUGAUCAGCCAGUCCAUGGACCCAGCAGGAUCGGUGACCAGCCAGUCCAUGGACCCAGCAGGAUCAGUGACCAGCCAGACCAUGGACCCAGCAGGAUCAGUGACCAGCCAGACCAUGGACCCAGCAGGAUCAGUAACCAGCCAGGCCAUGGACCCAGCAGGAACAGUGACCAGCCAGGCCAUGGACCCAGCAGGAACAGUGACCAGCCAGUCCAUGGACCCAGCAGGAACAGUGACCAGCCAGUCCAUGGACCCAGCAGGAACAGUGACCAGCCAGUCCAUGGACCCAGCAGGAACAGUGACCAGCCAGUCCAUGGACCCAGCAGGAACAGUGACCAGCCAGUCCAUGGACCCAGCAGGAACAGUGACCAGCCAGGCCAUGGACCCAGCAGGAACAGUGACUUAGGCCGUAAACAUAGAAGAACAGUUGAGGAGAUCCUGGACUGGUUCAAGCCACUGCCCCCUGUCCUCUCCCCCAUACCCUGCUCCUCAGCUCAGGAGAGGUUGGAUGAUGUCUUGGAGUUAGGAGCUGGAGAGACCAGAUCUCCACUAGAGAACAGAAACCACUCUAUCUACAUUACAGGACCAGCCAAUCAGACAGUAGGACAGCAACCUGAACCAGCCAAUCAGAUGGCCCUUAGGUUGGCAGGACAACAGCCUGCAGACUCCUCAGCGGAACUAACUCAUUCUACUCGUAGAGAAAGCCCUGAUCUGGCCACAGGGACCUCAGUAGAGAGAGAGAGGAACAGCGUGGCUGUCUGUGAACAGGAAGACAUGCAGGUAGAACCAGCUGCUGAAACCAUCCAGUCCCCUUCAGGAGAGAGUCAAAGCUCCUCUGGUUAUCUACCUUCCUUUACCAAAGCCACAGAGUAUCUCCCAAACUCAGUAGAGCCUCCAGGCAACCUCUCUGUCCAUACUGGGACCCUUCAGUCCUCACUCACCCAGACACAAGGAGAAGAAAUGGAGGACUCCUCACCAGACAUGACAGAGAUGGAUAUUGAGACUGCCCCAUGUUAUGAGGGCUGUGUCUUGGAGGGUCGGAGCAUCAACCAUGAGGACUCAGAGAAAGUACAAAGCAUUAAAGAUCAGUCAGGAGAGGCCAGCGUGUCUGAAACAACCACCACUAAACAGUUGGAACCCAGUCCUCUGGUUGAGUGUUCUGCUGAGACAGUGGCUGGUCCAGAUCAACUGACUGAAUGGGCUCCUAACACUCAAUGUAAAACAACUGAUCAGAAAGCAGCUCCUCCAGCAUGGCCCCGCAGAGAAGACAAGUUGUUUACAGGCAAGGAAUCAGAUUCAGACAAUGAAGGGGGUUUCUCUUGGAAACAGGUUGGUGAUGCAGUAAGAACAUGUGUCUCCCCCAGUCAUCCUGCAGAAGGACUGGUCUCCCCCAGUCAUCCUACAGAAGCACUGGUCUCCCCCAGUCAUCCUGCAGAAGCACUGGUCUCCCCCAGUCAUCCUACAGAAACACUGGUCUCCCUCAGUCAUCCUACAGAAGCACUGAAGGAGCAUAGGUCGGGGCAUUCCUCUGGGGCAGAGGAAUCAUCAUUUGAACAGAAGUCUCUGGCACCUCUGCCACAAUCUGGUGUCCACGUCUCUACUGACAGUUUAAUCAACUCUGUAAAGAAUGUAGAGAACUUUACUAUAACAUCUGGACCCCAUGAAGAUAUCCAGGCAACAAAACGCAACGCUCAGAGUAGCAAAGACCAUAAAGUAUGCAAGAAUUUAGAUAGUCCUGUAUGUCUUUCCCCUGUUGUGAAGGUGAAGCUCCUGAGAUCUGGUACAGAACUGAAGAAGAUGAAUGUAAAGAAAGAUGCUUUAGACCCAGGGUCAGAUGUUAGGAAUCCACAGUCUCCUACAGAGCUACAGAGUAAGGAGCCUUUGAACAACGGGAUGCUGAAAGAUGGUGAUCGCCCAGUCCAUGUUCUACAUCACCAGGAUAUGAACGCUGACAGUAAGAAUCCUACAACCACAGACUGCAUCUCUGAGUCCCAGCUGACAGAUGAUGGGUCUGAGUCAGCAUCUGAGUCCCAGCUGACAGAUGAAGGGUCUGAGAAACCAAGUGGAAAUGACCAGACUAAGAUGAUCAGUACUAGAAGUGGGCGUGUCAGGAAGAGUCUUGUUAGAUCAAACACAGUCCAAACCAGCUCAGUGAAAGACGGUGCCGCUCCCAGAGACGGUGCCGCUCCCAGAGACGGUGCCGCUCCCAGAGACGGUGCCGCUCCCAGAGACGGUGCCGCUCCCAGAGACGGUGCCGCUCCCAGAGACGGUGCCGCUCCCAGAGACGGUGCCGCUCCCAGAGACGGUGCCGCUCCCAGAGACGGUGCCGCUCCCAGAGACGGUGCCGCUCCCAGAGAAGGCCAGCAAACGGCUGUCCUUUCAUGUAAAGUUAUCAUUGAAAGACUCAGCCCUGACAUGAGAGGAGAAGGGAUCAGUACAGCAGCCUUGCCUGUGGGCCGCUCCCCAGAACCUACAGGGAAAGUUCCUAUUGGGAAGGUUCGCUUUGAAAUGGGUCCUCCACUACCCCCUCUUCUUAUGCCUCUCACUGUAACUCCUCCAAGACCGGUAAAACCUGGCAAUCCAAGACAGGUGAUUGGUAAACUGUCCUUUCCCUCACCAAUGGAAGGGCCUGUUUCCCCUGUGGGGUCCCAAACAGCACCUGAUGGUCAGAUGUUGAGCUCCCCGUCUCUAACUACUCCUCCGCCAGCAACUGAAGCCCCUUCCUCACCACUGCAGUUUGGUUCAGCCACUCCUAAACAUGCCGUUCCUGUUCCAGGGAGACUUCCUGCCUUCAGCUCCUCCUCCUCCUCCACUAGUCCCGCCCAGGAGAACUCCAUGAGGAUUCUAGACAGCAUGUAUCCAGAACUCUCCGCCCGUGCUCGGACUCUCAGUAUUCUCAGAGGAAACCUCUGUAUGUCUGCUGCUGAGACGGGGACAACACCCUCCAGCUCUGUCAGUCAGAUAUCUGGCUUCAAAACCAUCAACUCCUCGUCCACGGCUUUCACCAAAACGGAGCAAAGAGGGAAGCGAAGUGGAGUCAACAUGCUUCUACCAAAGAGUGCCAAAAGGCUGAGGCUGGAUAACUGCUCCCCCAGCCCUGCUGGAGCAACAGCCAGCCCUGCUGCUAAGGGGAUGUCCUCCACAGCAUCAGCCAGUCCAGACCCAGUACUCAGGAAACCUCAACACGGGAGUACUUCACAGCCUACAGAGAAGGAGAAAGUGGUUGGGAAACCAGCAGUCAAAGCCUCCAUAUCCCAGGCCUUAGAGAAGAUAGCAGCCCAGUGUUUUGACCUGUUGCCUGUCAUCAAGAGUCACCUGUUUGUUGGGAAUAUGUCUAGGAAGCCUGUGUUACGCGAUGAGGAGAAGGAGGUCCUCUCUGAGUUCUCAAACAAUCAGCCUCUGGCAGAUGAUCUGAUGUCAGUGAUGCUGACUAAGCUGAAGACUGAGAGGACUGAGCUGAGUGGCUCUCACCUCCAGGCUCUGGUUCGAGUCUACACUGCUCUGUGCCGACAGAGGAGGGAUUGGGACAGAGCACAUAUCCUGGCCUACAGCAUCCUUAUAGAAGAUUUCCCUGAGUCAACCAAGCUGGUUCUGUUCAUGGUGACGACGUGGCCCAACGUGUUCUCCUGCAGGACUAUAGUGUGUCAGGCCAUACACACGGUCACCAAGGCCAAAGCACAAGGAGAGGUGCUCCACUGCCUAACUGCUUACCUGGGAUGGGAGAAGAGUCCUCCUAGUGACUUGGAUCAGUUGGUUUCCUGCACGUUGAUGUCCGUCAGAGCUGCAGCUGAGAUGACCUUCCAGAAACACCCCCGACAGGGAGAGGACCUGAACCCUGUUGCCUGGCAACACAUCUUCACCCUGGAGCUGCUCUGCUCUCAUACACGCUGGAAGUGGACCCAUGACAACCUACUGAGUAAAGAGCUGUGGCCCAUGAUGAACUCCUGGGUGACCCAGCCCAGAUCAGGACAGACACCCGUCCAGGAUGUCACUGUGACCCAUCCCAGAUCAGGACAGACACCCGUCCAGGAUGUCACUGUGGCUGCAGUCCUCAGACUCAUAGGGCGCCUUGGGCAGCUUGGAAUAAAGGAGAGAUGCAGCUCGUCUGUGAAGAACAUUGCCAGUGUCAUCAACACAUUUGCCAGACAUGGACAGUCGGAAGGUGUUCCCUGGGAGGUCCAGCUGGCAGCUGUCUACACUGUCUAUGACCUGUCGCCUAGCAACCCCAAGGAGGCCCUGGCUGCGCUGGCGUCAUGGCGAGGAGAGACCACCCAGCCCGUCCCCCCCGCUGUCACCAGUUGCAUCACACAGAUCGCCUCGCUCUGCCGACACAUCAAACCCUAGCUCCUAAUCCCUAGUCCUUAAUCCCACCACACCCCUAACCCCUAGUUCCUUGCCACUUGUACAGAUCUGAAAGGAUUUUAUAGGUCCAAGAAUGUCACCGAUUGGCUAUCAGAGGGCAAGGUGAAGCAGCUUCCAUAUUGCUGUUACCUAUCCAUACCUUUUAGACCCUGUUGUGGACUGAACCCCUCAGUGACUGGUUUUAAUGUCCAUAUUAUUUAGCUGUUGGUUAAAUCAUCAUGUUGGUCUCUCUGAUUUAAACAUCACCUUCUGUUCCCCUUGAUGUUUUUGUUUGGUUUUCUGAUUCAGUUCUUGGAAUAUAUUUUUCAUUUUCGUGUUAAGCACGACCAUUGUAAAUAUGAUGUUCAGAUCCCAUUUUGUGAAAAUCAGUGUAUACAAGAUAAAUGUCCUACUUUUGUAAAUAUUCACUGUUACAGAGCCUAUUUCUAUUUAAUUUUACACAUUAAAAUCUAAGCAGUAAGCCUCGUUUA